AUGUCCCUCCUCACACUCAUCUCCCGCCCGGGACCCCUCUUCACUCUCGCCCUCCUUCUCCGCCUAACCCUCUUCUUCUACGGCCUCUUCCAAGAUGCCCACUCCCCCGUCAAAUACACAGACAUCGACUACCUCGUCUUCACCGACGCCUCCCGCUUCGUCGCCAACCACUCCUCCCCCUAUGAUCGCGAAACCUACCGCUACACCCCUCUCCUGGCAUGGCUUCUCCUCCCCACGGCCACCUGGUUCUUCUCCUUCGGCAAGCUCGUCUUCGCAGCCGCGGACCUCCUCGCCGGAUGGCUCCUCGCGCGCAUCCUCAUCGACGGGAGUCCUCGCAUGGAGGCGGGCAGGGCGUAUAGGUUCGCGGCUAUUUGGUUGCUGAAUCCCAUGGUGGCUACGAUUAGUACGAGGGGGAGCUCCGAGGGCUUGUUGGGCGUGUUGACGGCGGCGUUGCUUUGGGCUGUGUGUAAGAGGCGGGUGGUGCUUGCGGCGGUCGUGUUGGGCGUGGGCGUGCAUUUUAAGAUUUAUCCGUUUAUCUAUGCGCCUGCUAGCGUUUGGUGGAUGGACGACGAGAGGAUGGGGAGGGCUGUGCCGAAUCGGGCGGGCCAGUCGCUGUUUAUGAGGAUUCUUCACUUUAUCAACCCCGAUCGAGUGAAGUUUGCUAUCAUCAGCUUUGCGACAUUCAUGGGCCUCAAUUUCCUCAUGUACUCAAUGUACGGCACCCCCUUCAUCAUCCACACCUACCUCCACCACGUCUCCCGCAUCGACCACCGCCACAACUUCAGCCCCUACAACAUCCUCCUCUACCUCUCCUCCUCCCGCCCGGCCUCCUCGACCCCUAACCCCCUCGCCAUCGAAUCCCUCGCCUUCCUCCCUCAGCUCCUCCUCUCUGCCGUUCUCAUCCCCCUCGUCGUCGCCAAGCAAAACCUCGCCACCUCCAUGAUGGCCCAGACUUUCGCUUUCGUAACGUUUAACAAGGUCUGCACCAGCCAGUACUUCCUUUGGUACCUCAUCUUCCUCCCCCUCUACCUCCCCUCCUCAACCUUCCUCUCCACCCCCUCCCUCGGCCUCUCCGCCCUCGCCGCCUGGAUCCUGCCCCAAGCCAUCUGGCUCCAGCAGGCCUACCAGCUCGAGUUCCUCGGCCUGCCCACCUUCACCCCGGGGCUCUGGGGCGCCUCGCUCGCUUUCUUCCUCGUCAAUUGCUGGAUCUUGGGCAUCGUCAUCUGGGAUGGGGCUGUGGGGCCUAACACUGCUGGGCAGCGUAUCAAGAAGGCGUGA